CACAUGCCCUCUUGUUAUACAACGCAAUUACCCGUGUGUGAGAAGAACAGCACUGUCCCAAAUAGGACAGUUCCCGAAAUUUAAACCGGUUGGGGACAUGUCACGUGAGUUUGAGAGUGGAACGGCGUAACACAGAAGAAAGACAGAAAGGAAAAAACCGACCUCAAAUCGGUCAAAUAGUUUCAGCCGUCUAACUUCGUUAUCUAACGGUCAUCUGUACUGUAGUCCCUUUGUUUACAUCUCUGCAUAGUGUGCACAUUGCACCAUCCCACUGGCUAGAAGGAGAAAUGCUGGGAUAGCAUGCCCCAGCUAAUAGAUAUUAAACCGGCGAGCUAGCUAGAUAACGGUCGCCAUGGGCGCGUUCUUUCGGAGCGAGGAGGUGUGUCUUGUGCAGCUCUUUCUCCAAUCAGGGUCGGCCUACAACUGCGUCAGCGAGCUUGGAGAGCUGGGACUGGUCGAAUUCAGAGACUUGAACCCCAAUGUUAACUCGUUCCAGAGGAAGUUUGUGAACGAGGUGCGGCGCUGUGAGGAGAUGGAGAAGACCUUCACGUACCUGGAGCAGGAGAUCAGUCGGUCCCUGUUCCCCCCGCUGACGGAUCCUCUCCCCAUCCCCAGCCCCGUGCCCUCCGCCCCCCAGCCCAGAGAACUCAUGGCCAUCGAGGAGGAGAGCGAGAGGCUGGCCAGGGAGCUACGAGAGGUGUCCAGAAACAGAGACAGCCUGAUGGACCAGCUGAUCCAGCUCAGCCAAUACAGAGGGGUUCUGAUCCAGACACACUCCCUCACCGUCUCACAGGCUCCGCCUCCCUCUACUCUGGAGACUGCUGCCUUAUUGGACAACAGACAAGACAUCAGGCUGAGUUUUGUGGCUGGCGUGGUCCACCCGUGGAAGGUUCCGUCGUUUGAGCGGCUGCUAUGGCGAGCGUGCCGCGGUUACAUCAUCGUUGACUUCAGGGAAAUGGAGGAGAGGCUGGAGCUUCCUGAAACGGGCGAGAUGGUCCAGUGGACAGUCUUCCUCAUCUCUUUCUGGGGCGAGCAGAUUGGUCAGAAAGUCAAGAAGAUCUGUGAUUGCUUCCACACCCACACCUUUGACUACCCAGAGGGCACGACGGAGAGAGAGAAGUUUCUGCACAGGCUACAGGGAAGGAUAGUAGACAUCAAAACGGUCCUCUCCCAGACGGAACAUUACCUGCAGCAGCUGUUGUGUCGCUCGGUGGCCGUGCUGCCCCAGUGGAAGGUGCGGGUCCAGAAGUGUAAGGCUGUCCAGGCCGUGCUCAACCUCUGCAGCCCCUCCGUCACUGACAAGUGUCUGAUCGCUGAGGCCUGGUGUCCCGUUAGGAAACUGCUACUGCUGCAGAGCGCCCUGAUAGAGGGAACGAGGAAGAACGGUGGUGGUGUGGACUCGUUCUAUAACCGCCUCCCGGACCCCAGCGCCCCUCCUCCCACCCUCUUCCACACCAACUCCUUCACAGCCGGCUUCCAGAGCAUCGUAGACGCAUACGGUGUUGCCAGCUACAGAGAGGUCAACCCGGCCGUGUACACCAUCAUCACCUUCCCCUUCCUGUUUGCGGUGAUGUUUGGGGACGUUGGCCACGGCCUUCUCAUGACCAUGGCAGCCCUCUGGAUGGUUCUGCAGGAGCGAGACCUCAAACUCAAGACCAACGACAAUGAGAUCUGGCAGAUGAUGUUUGGUGGCCGGUAUCUGAUCCUGCUGAUGGGUCUAUUCUCUAUCUACACCGGAGCCGUCUACAACGAGUGUUUCAGUAAAGGCCUCAGCCCCUUCCCCUCGGGAUGGCACCUACAACCUAUGUUCCAGCACUACAACUGGAGUGAUGAGACUCUGAGGGAGAACCGGUAUCUUACUCUGGACCCAAACGUGACCGGAGUGUUCCAGGGACCCUAUCCAUUUGGCAUCGACCCGAUCUGGCGGCUGGCCAACAACCACCUGACGUUCCUGAACUCGUACAAGAUGAAGAUGUCCGUUAUCAUCGGGGUGGUCCACAUGACUUUCGGAGUCUGCCUGUCCUUCUUCAACUAUAUUCACUUGAACAAGCUUAGCAGUGUAUUCCUGGUACUGAUCCCAGAGCUGUUGUUCAUGCAGUGUCUGUUUGGCUACCUGGUCUUCAUGGUGGUGUUUAAGUGGCUGGCGUUUGGCCCCCAGGACUCAGACCGGGCCCCCAGCAUCCUCAUACACUUCAUAGAUAUGUUCCUGUUCACUCAGAAUGAGGAUAAUCCGCCCCUCUACCACGGACAGAUGAUAGUCCAGAGGGUCCUGGUGGUGGUAGCUCUGGCCUCAGUGCCUGUCCUGUUACUAGGGAAACCACUCUAUCUCUACUACAACCACAGAAGAAGGGCCAACACCAGAGCGGGAGAAGAGCGUCCCCUUGUGACGGACACCAGCUCCAUCAACGCACUACAAGGAGACCUGGAGGAAGGAGGAACCAGAGAGGAGGAGUUUGAUACAGUGGAUGUGUUCAUGCACCAGGCCAUCCACACUAUAGAGUACUGUCUGGGCUGCAUCUCCAACACUGCUUCCUAUCUACGACUCUGGGCCCUCAGCCUCGCACAUGCACAGCUGUCGGAGGUGCUAUGGGUGAUGGUGAUGCGUAUCAGCCUGUCGUGGCAUGGCUACGUGGGAUCUGUAGUUCUAGCCGUCAUAUUUUCCUUCUUCGCCACGCUCACCGUCUCCAUCCUGCUCGUCAUGGAGGGGCUGUCCGCCUUCCUGCACGCGCUCAGAUUGCACUGGGUGGAGUUCCAGAAUAAGUUCUACAGUGGAACGGGAUACAAGCUCAAACCUUUCUCCUUCUGUUCUAUACGGAACCCACUAUAGGCUUUCAACACAGGACAUUGUUACAGAGGCAGAUAUAGCCCAAUGUAAGCUUGUAUGAAGUUGUUUUAUACCGCUUUCAACACAGGACGUUAUGUUACAUAUGAAAUACUGACAGAUAUAGGGUGUCUGAAAUGGCAACCUAUUCCUUAUAUAGUGCACUACUUUUGACCAAAGCCCUAUGUACCCUGGUCAAAGGUAGUGCACUAUAUAUGGAACCCUAGGGAAUAGGGUUCCAUUUCAGAUGCAUCCAUAGCCUAAUAUCAGCUGAUACAUUUUUUUUACUUGAAUUUUUAUCUUGCAUAUGGUAUCCUUCUUAAAAAAUGAGAGGAACUUGUGUAUAUAGUUAGCGUUUAGUUUUGCUCAGGAAGCGGUUUUUGACUUGCAGUUUCUCUUUAAUGAUGAGCCUACAACAGAGAUGGCUACUGUAGGAGUGCACUACGUUUCCCAGGGACCACUGGGGCACCAUUUUGUGGAUGGGAGCUUUCCAUGCUAUGACCACUAAUAAAUGAAUGCCAUUAAAUAAUUGUUUUAUAAUCCCUGAAAGCUUGUGGAUU